AUGGGGAGUUUCAUGGGCCAGUAUCCCACUUCCCUGCCCGCUGUCCUCCUCGUCUCUGCUGUCCUCCUGCUUAACGCUGACCUAGGUUUGGGCGGCUGCUUCAAGCGCAUCUUCUCCUUCGGUGACUCCAUCAUCGACACUGGCAACGGUGCUUAUGCAGGCCGCAAUAGUCCUGGCCCGCUCAUGCAUCUCCCUUAUGGAAUGACCUACUUCCAGCACCCCACUGGCCGCAUCUCUGAUGGGCGUGUCAUCGUCGAUUUUUACGCUCAAGCAUUGGGCCUGCCACUGCUGCCACCGAGCAUGCCUCAGGCGGGCACAGGGCAGUUUCCAACCGGUGCCAACUUUGCUGUGUUUGGCUCCCUGGCGCUGUCCCCGGACUACUACAGGACCAAGUAUAACUUCACGAUGCCGAUGCCUUGGUGCCUCGACGGUCAGCUUGAUUCAUUCAAGAAGGUGCUCGCCCGGAUAGCUCCUGGAGAAGCUGCCACCAAGAGUCUUCUCGGCGAGUCCCUCGUCGUUAUGGGCGAGAUCGGCGGCAACGACUACAACUUCUGGUUCUUUGCUCGCCGCAGCCGUGAGAUCCCAGACAAGUACAUGCCCGACGUGAUUGCCCACAUAGGCGCCGGUGUCCAGGAGGUGAUCGAUCUCGGCGCCAGGACCGUUCUCGUCCCGGGAAACUUCCCCAUUGGAUGUGUGCCGACUUACCUGGGCGGUUUCAGGACCGACAACUCCACGGAUUACGACGACUUCCGCUGCCUCAAGUGGUUUAACGACUUCUCGCAGAGGCACAACAAGGCGUUGAAGCAGGAGAUCAGCCGGCUCAGGGCACAGAACCCCGGCGCGAAGAUCAUUUACGCUGACUAUUACGGCGCCGCUAUGGAAUUCGUCAUGAAUCCCCAUAGCCAUGGUAUCGAUGACCCUCUCGUGGCAUGUUGUGGCGGUGCCGGCCCAUACCACACUGGCAAGUCGUGCAACAACACGGCCACCAUCUGGGGCAACCCUGCCAAGUUCGCCAGCUGGGACCAGAUCCAUAUGACGGAAAAGGCCUACAGUAUCAUCGCCGAUGGAGUGCUGAACGGCCCAUAUGCGGACACACCGUUGCUCCAUGCUUGUUAG